CUAAAGAUGGCUUCGCCAUCGGGAAACCUCGACAACAACAAAGCCAGCCCCAAAGCGCGUGACGCGUCACUGCUCGCACGCCACCGUUUCUUCUUCUUCCUCUGUUCAUCGUCUUCUCCCACAUUCUCUCUCGAAGAAAUUUCAUCGAGCUUCUCGCGGAUAAACCAGCCAUGUCGUACGAUUACCUUUUCAAGUACAUAAUCAUCGGAGACACAGGUGUUGGGAAAUCGUGCCUGCUUCUGCAAUUCACUGACAAGAGGUUCCAACCUGUCCACGAUCUCACCAUUGGUGUCGAGUUCGGAGCCCGCAUGGUCACCGUCGAUGGCCGACCCAUCAAGCUUCAGAUUUGGGACACCGCUGGACAAGAGUCUUUUAGAUCCAUCACAAGAUCAUACUACAGAGGAGCAGCUGGAGCCUUGCUGGUUUACGACAUAACCAGGAGAGAAACGUUUAACCAUCUUGCUAGCUGGUUGGAGGAUGCACGUCAGCAUGCGAAUCCUAACAUGAGUAUCAUGCUGGUUGGGAACAAAUGUGAUCUCGCCCAUAAGAGGGCUGUGAGCAAAGAGGAAGGCGAACAGUUUGCCAAAGAACACGGGCUGCUGUUCUUGGAAGCAUCUGCAAGAACAGCUCAAAGCGUCGAGGAGGCCUUCAUAAAGACUGCUGCCAAGGUACUUCAGAAUAUUCAAGAUGGUGUCUUUGAUGUAUCCAAUGAGUCUUCGGGCAUCAAGGUCGGGUAUGGACGUCCACAAGGUCAGGCCGGAGGAGGAAGAGACGGUACGGUCAGCCAGACGGGUGGGUGUUGUUGAAAAUUCCCCAGAACUCUGCAGAAAACAUUGUGGCUGGCACACUUUGAUAAAAAUUGUAUUUUGAAUGAUCCUUGUGUGCCAAAAAAAUCUUUAUUGUUAUUAUUAUUAUUAUUAUUAUGUGUUACCAGAAAACAUCAAAACAUCAUUGAAAUGUAUAAUAGUUUCGUGUUCAAUGUCA